CGGCGGCAUGGCUGGGUCGAGCGUGGAGCUUGGUGGGCGUGGAAGCGGCGUGGGCGGCUCACUCGGCCCCGGGAGACGCUCGCGCACGCCCCUCACCGACCUGGACGCGAAGUUCGUCGCCAAGAUGAUGGAUUCUCCAGAAAAGCGUGAAGCCUUCGACUGGGAGAGUCUGGAGAGGUCUCCACAGGAUGAAAAGGAAAGUAGAAGUAGUUCCCUGUCUAGCCCCAUCCCUUCCCCAAGGACACACAACCGCUCGGUCUCGCACGACUCCUACUUCAACAUGCUGGAAGGUCGGUCGGGAAAUGUGUCCUCGCAAGUACCGGUGAAAGAGGAAGGUGAGAGUGACCUUGACUUCUCCCCAGAAACUUCAAGAAUACACUUGGAUAUUAGUGAGCUUGACCUGAACUUCAGCACCAGUGAAAAAGACCUAAAAGGUUUUGAGGUUGAUACUCUGAAGUCAACAUCAGUGGAGGAUCCGGAUAACAUGUCUAGUUCAACUUUAGACAUGGAAAAUUUAAGCAUGUGUUCAGAGACUGGCAGAAGCAAAGAGAAUUUGAGUCCCAAAGUAGAGAAGAAAAGUCUAAAAGACAAAAUCAAGUACCGGUUCACUUCGCCACCUACACAGCGCAAGAAUGAGGCUUAUGUCAGUGAUUCCAGUGAGGACUCGCGGAACAACAGCCUCAAGAGAGCAUCAGCAUCAUUGAAAGAUAAGAUAGUUCAUGCCCUUAGUCCUGAGACUGCACGCAGACGAAAUGAAGUCUCACCGAGACCGGCCUCCCCAAGUAGUUCACCCAAACUGAAGCAUGUGCGCACAACGGAAACUAAUAAGGGCAAUCAGCACUUAAAGACAGAACAGUCUGAAUUUUUAUCAGGACCAAAAGUUACCAUGGAGUGUGAGGGAAGCAUAGAGACUGUCACAGCAGAAGUGCAUGUAGAGCCAGGGACCCGGGGAUCAGAGGAUGCACGUUCGAGGCAGAGUGUAGACAGUGCUCUGAUAGAUCCAGAGCUUUUGGACAAAAUUACACAUUUAAGAACCUCACCUUCAGUCAACGCAUCAGAAAUGAGCAGUACCUCUGUAGCGGAGGCCAUUGUAUCUGAUAAUGAGAGCUUCACUUUAGGAAGUAUGAGUAGUGGUGUAACUGGGGAAUUAAAAGAGGCAGGAUCAGAUCAUGGUAGUCUUCUCCCAUCAUCUUCCUCAACUUUGGUAACUCCAGGUACACCUCCGGUCACAAUCAUUGCCGAAAGUACUAACUCACUCCCUGUCUCUCCUGCCAUGGAUGACCUCACUCCACAGCAGGAAUUACCCAAAUCUCGACCAAACUCAUUGCUUGGGCUACCAACUGCAGAACUCCUCACUUUAGGAUCUGCUCUGACUUCCCCAGAGACACCGCAAGGAGACUCCACAUUCCUUGAGAUCCAGUAUCAUCCUCUGAGUGACACAACGGAACCUUCAACACCAAGUGAAUCUCAGUUUGUCCAAGAUCUGGUCAGCAGUGGACAGAUUGUGGCACACCCACCUGUUAUAGAAGAACCUAGACAGUCAAGUCCAUUAUCCAUAGACCUUAGCAGUAGUGAUGACCCAGCUGAAGAUGGUCCUAUGUAUGAAAAUGUAGAUGUAAGUAUUACUGGACAACCAAUGCAGAAGGCAGAGGUUACAUAUGAUGAACCUAAACCAUUGUUGUCUUCUUCUAGCCUUCAGUCUUCCCAAGCUAGUUUUCAGUCCUCACAGACAAGUGGACAAAUGCUAAUGGAGCCAGAGGUACCAGGUUCUGAGUACGAAAAUUGCACUUAUGGUUCUGAGUACGAAAAUGUUCACUAUGGUGCUGAGUAUGAGAAUGUGGACUAUGCACCAGAAUAUCAGAAUGUUGAGUAUGAGAAAGAGAAGGAGAAAACUGAGGGAACCAAGAAAGUGGCAAGUGACAGAGAAAAAUUGCAAGGGAAUUAUGAAGGUGUUAGUACCUCAGAUGACUUUUGUUAUGAGAAUGUAACUCUUGCACAAAGUGAAGUUACCAUGAAUGUGGACAGUGUCUAUGAAAAUGUAGAAUCUCCAGCAAAAGAAUCUCAACCAGUAUAUGAAAACCUAGAGGAGAGUGGUGAUGAGGAGGACCAGAUUGUGCCUGAUGGUGACGAUGCUUAUGAAGAAUAUUCUUUCAGAGAUCAGCCUGAGUACGAAAACAUUGAAUUUACCUCCCAGGCAAGCGCCCUUCCUGAAAAGGUAGUGAAAGAUGAAAAGAGUGAUGCUGAAAUUGAAGGAGAGAUGGUGUACCAACAGGUAAAGUUCCUACGAAAGUCAAUUCAAGAGGUGAAUGACAUGUUGAAGGUGAAUAGUGAAGGAAAGCAGGUCUUGAAAGAAUCAGGUGCAGAUGCUGCAGUUGUUACUGAUAGUAAUGCAGUUGUACACAAGGUAGACAUCAAUGACAAAUCUUCAGAGCUUCCAGUCCAGGUGCCUCAGAUGGGCAACACUUGUGUUCCCAGACCUUCGGAAAACCUGCCAUGUUCCCAGGAAUUUUUACCCCAGCCUGAGCAGGCUACUGUAGUUGGUGAUUUGUGUACCCAGCCCAGUGAAGAUAGUGAGUGCUUAGACUCACCUGUUACUCCCUCUUCAGCGAGUAUGGCAACUGAGGUCUUGGUUCUCCCUUCAUUUGCCUCCCCAACAGAGUCCACAACAGAUGAUGUGACCUCCCCAGUAAGUAGUGAUGAUGCCAGUUCUCCUAAACACACCCAAGAACCUCUUGAUCAAUGUCCUUCUUCUCCAGGGAUGAUACCACCCUUAUUACCCAGCCUUUCACCUCCUACUCCUGAAAAUGUACCAGUACCUCCUGCUGCCACCUCUACUCCUAACAGAACUCUAACAAGUAUUAUAUCCCCUGCACCAUGGCCUAGAGCGACUCCCCGCCAUACACCAAUAGCUGCACCCGUACCACGUCCUCGUCAAUUACCCAAACUAAAUCUAUCCUCUCCACUGAUCUCUCCAGUGUCCACUCCUUCUUCAGUGUCCAUCUCUCCAGAUUCCCCUGCAACCCCUGGUACACCUAGUGGUGCUUCUGCUCAUGCUACACCAACAGAAGAAAAUACUCCACAUCAGAUAUUCCAACCUAGUCAGUUACCCAUUGCUGUUAAUAUACCGAAAGCUGAGCAGAUGCAUUUAGACAAACAGAAAGUCCCCCAAGUUACAGGGGAAGAAAAUCCUUGUGUUGGUAUAGUAGAACCAAAGGUUUCUGAAUUGCUGGAGUCAGUAAUACCUGUAGAAAGUGUUAGUACUAAAUCAAAAAGUGAGGCAGAAGGGAGGUCUGUGCCAUCUGCACAGUUACCAGUUCUUCAGAGGUAUAAGACUUCUCCAGAUUUCAGACCGAAGGUUAAAGACUCUGAGGAUUCUGUAGUUUUUCAAGAUAAUUUGACUAAGGAGGCAGAGGAUGCUAAUAAACACAUAAGCCUUGUGAGUGGCUCUUUAGAUCUUACUGAUAAAGAAAAGAGAGAAAGAAUUGAAAAAUACAAGGAGGAAAGGAGAUCCUUCUUGAGGGAAAAGUACAAAUCAGAGAGCUUUCGAGGAGAGAAAGAUGAGCUACUGUUAAGGCUGAAGCAGAAGGCCACAAGUCCAUCCCGACAAGAAGACAGUGAUGGACGGGAAGAUGAGGAGAUUACCCAAAGUUCAAAUGCUAGAUCUGCAAGCCCAAGGCGAAGAGAUGAUAAGAGCCCCACCAAACAGUACUAUGAAGGUUAUUCAGGAAGUACUAGUCCUACUAAACAACUUUUAGGAGAUAAUGAUGAUAAACAUUCAUUAGAUCUACCCUUGGGCACAGAAAUGAAGGAAGAGCAGGAUCAGUCUUCAGUAUUCAAGAGAACUUCACCAGCAAGGAGGAGUUUGAGUGAUAUGGGCAGAGUUGGUGAACUUAGAAGUCCAACAAGGACUCGCUUCUCAUCUGGCAGUCCAACUCCUACGUCUCAGCGAAGCCUUAGUAGUGGUAACAGUAACAGUGGUGGAGGAAGUGGCAGUAAGUCUGGAGUGACAAGUCCACGUUCCAAUUUAAGAAGAUCUCCAGAGAAAGAGGUUCUCCUUCAAAGAUCUAGCAGUGGGGAAUCCAAAUCUAGUCCUGUAAGAAAGACUUCGUCAAGUUCGCUAAAAUCUCCAAGUUCAGAAGCAUCACCUUUCCAGAGAUCAGCAAGUAUUGGGGGGAGUGGACGUAGAAAGAAUUCCAAAGAUGAUAUUGAUGAAGAUGUCAAUGUGAAGGAGCGAGUAGCAAUUUGGAGCAACAGUAGAGUUAAGGACCCUCCAUCUCCAGAAAAAGGUGACAAAAUGCAAAAGACAGAAAAAUCUGUUGCAAAGAAACCAGAGCAGAGAAUCCCAAAAGAACCCACACAAAAGAAAAAUCCUGUGCCCACAUCUCCAACGAAAAAAACUUCCAUUCCAAAAGCUACUCCCCUGUCCCCUGGAAUUCCAAAACCAAUUCAUCCCCCUUCUGGCAUUCCUAAAGGCAUGCCACCUUCCCCUACUAUCUUGAAGGGAACCCCACCUUCUCCUACAAAGUCUUCUCUGAGAUCACCUGGAAAACUUGGAGAGAGUAGCAGUGAAGGGAGCACUGUAGCUGCUGUUGGAAAUGCAGCAGCUAGGGCAAAUGCUGGACAACAGAGACGUAUCAAAGAUAUGGCAGCCAUAUUUGAAAGAGAUUCACCUACAAGUACCAAGCCAGCUGUUCUUAGACAAAGUUCCAGGGAGGAGAAGAAAGAAAGGUAUUGAAAUGAACUUGCUGUUGUGCAACCUGUCACCAAAGACCAACCUCUCCUCUGAAGCAGCGAUUCUAUAUAUUCACGGGCCUACUCUGAAGUCACCACAGUGAGAAAGAUGGUAAUGUCUGCUCCAGCUGGUUAGCUGAAGGUUCUGAGACACUAGUGAUGGUUAGACCUGUGGACUAACACACAAGACUGCUUCUGCUCUCUACAGACUUGUUGUGGUUACAUUCCAAAUAUUUUUCUCAUAUGUGCAUGUUAUUAAAUAUUUUAGACAUGAUAUUCUCUUCAUUAAUUCUUUGUCUUGCUCAAGGCAAGAUUGUGCCAUUAUGAACUUUAGCUCCAUUUGAUCCAGAUUCACUUUAAACCCAGUUUUCAGAAUGUUUCAUACACUUUCUAGUGUAUGGAUAACAUCAGAUUUUUUAAUGAAUCUUUUUAUUGCUCAGAUUUCUGUGUCCUGUCAUGUAUCCAACUCUUCUCCACCAAUGGUGUAAAUAAUACCAUUUCCACGUGCAUCCAGUUUGAAGUUCAUAAAUAUUUGUGUUCAUUCAGUUUGUUGUUAUUGUGUGUGUGUUAAUUCAGGCAUAACUUUUUAUAUUUUUAUAUAUGUAAUUGGAAUUAUGAUCAGUUUAAAUUGUGAGAAUUUAUUUGUAUCUAUUGUACUGACUUUUAUUUAAAAAAUUGUCUUCAAAGCACAAGAAACGAACAAUUGUCAGAUGAUGUGAACUUGGUUCACAGUUAGGUAGAAAAUUAGUUGAUGUCUGGAAUGAUAAAUACCUAUCCAAAGCCUUUGAACAGUAAUCAGAAUGUUAAGAUUAGGAGUAUAAGAUAUGUCUGGUGCAAAAGUGUGUUCAUGAAAGUCCAUUUGUAUAAAGUAUCAUCAGUAACCUGUUUUGAAGAUAUCCAGUGUAAAUACUUGUAUGAAAUAUAAAUAUGAAUAAAUA